AUGCCUUCAGAUCCAACUGUCUACUUGUAUACGUCUCUGACCGCGGGAUCGUCACACAUCAUAACCGCAACCUCGCGCAUAGAAACAAUAUUAAAGGCAAAUAAAAUACCUUUCAAAGCAGUCGAUUGUGCCACAGAUGAGAAAGCUCGUAUGCUCUGGACCAGACGGUCCAAAGGCAGGAAGAUUCCAGGUCUCGUCAAGUUCAACGACGUUAUUGCCGACCUCGAACAAGUCGAGGAAUGGAAUGAACAUGGCGAGCUUGAAGACCAGAUAGAAGACCAAAUUGAUAUCUUCGGCGACGUACCCAUAAGUGCAACUUCCGAACAAGCUCACGCCGCUGCUGCUGCUCGCUCCCAGGCCCAAGAACAAGCUCGCCAAUCUGCGGCUGCUGGCUUAGGUCGUACAGCCAGUGAGACGAGGCAUAUCUCCAUCAGCGAACCGCAAAGAGACAAAGAUCAGCGGAAUAAGAGCGUCGACGCACAGCAGCCUCAGGAACAUAAUAUGAGCGAUAAGAAGGAUACUCCACUGAGCAUGGCUAUGAAGCAGGCUGGGCACGAAGCUGCAGCAAAAGCUGGCCAGAAGAACGUGUCAAUGAGUUCAAGUGGUGCAGCCGCGACAGUGACGCCGAAAGCGACAGCUGCGCCAGAAUCAAGCAUGCCUCCUCCAUCGAUACCUGCUUCUGCGAUAGAUCCCGAUGCUGAAGAGCCUGGCACACUGAAUACAGAAGCCAAGACACCGGAACAGCUGAGUAAGGAGGGUGUAUCGAGAGGCGUCAGUAUCGACAAGGUCAACUCGAAUUCUGAUGGAGCUUCUGACUCAUCGAACGCAGCUCAGUCGACCCCAGCACAGAUCAUCGAAAAGCGCCGACAAUCUUCCGUACCCAACAAAGGCUCCUCCCUAGCCAAGACUACCUCGAUAGACGAAUCACAUACUGUGGAAGGGGACACCUCAGGUGCUCAAGAAGAAGACGAGGACACGGCAGAAGAGGACGAGACGAAAAACCCUGCAGCAAAAAUCAGCGCGACUGGCACAGAAGAGGCAAAGAUAUUGAAAGAAAAGCCGCAGGACACGGAUGCGGCGGAUGGCAGUAAAGCGGGAGAUAGUGUUGCUGACUAG